AUGUCAGGAGAGAUAUCCGCCGACAAUAGCGCCGAUGCUGCCACCAAGAAGGAUGAGGCUUCUGGCGGAAAGCGAUCUCUGCCCUCGUUGCUGGAUCACUUCCACGGAAACGACCUCAAGACCCUCUUCCGCUGUUCCGCAGCUGCUUGGGUUGCUUCACUCCUCAUCUUCAUCGAGCCUUCGCUCCAUAGCAUUGGCGUUUCUACAUUCUUUGCCGCGUUAGUUCUCUUCGUCACGCCACCGGCUGGUAUCCUCCUCAUCUACCUGCUCGGGUCCCUAUCCCUACUCUUCGGCCUAUGUUUAGGAUGGGCUUGGGGCAUCCUGACCAUGAAGGCCGCAUUGGCUGCGCGUCCGGCUUCCGAGACCCAAGCACAGCUCCAGGCUCUUCAGCAAGCCGCCGUGGCCCAGUCACAAGCCACCGGCCAAAAUGCUACGGUCAUUAGCCAGAUACUGGUUUACCAAGGUCAUAUGCUGGACGCGCGUGUGACGGCUGUUUACUACGUCAUGAUUUGUGUAUUCAUAUACUUCCUGGCUCGCUUGCGAGCAGGAAACAUCAAGCUCACACUUCUUCACCUCUUCGGGACCAUUGUCGUCGACGUCUUCCUCCUCAUUGGACCUCUGCUACCCUCCUUCACUCCCCUCCUGGGACAAACACUGGUGAAGCCAGGAGCCAUUGGGGUCGGCAUUGGAGCUGCUUGCUGCCUCAUUUUCUUUCCGCAGUCUACUUCCUAUGUGGUUCUUCGGAAAAUGGAGCAGCUCGUCCGCAUGUUUGAUAUACCCCUCGACCUGACCCGGAAGCGGUUUGCUGCUGAGCCCUUGGAACUCAAGCAACUGAGGCAAAGCAAGAAUGACAUGAUCGCCCUUCACAAAGCCAUGGAGCCGGAACUCGCCUUUCUCCCUCUAGACAUUUCCCGUGGCCGAUGGAAUGACAGUGAUGUCAAAGGCCUACAGGAGUGCAUUCGCCAGACCAUGCUAGCGAGCAUCUCCUUGAUAGAUUUCCAUAUGACAACCAUUACUGCUCUGCAGAAGGGGAACAAAGCAGGCUUGAAGUAUGACGAAUACUCGAACAAAGGCCCAGCUGGCGAAAAGAGCAGCAGCCGAGAAAUUGGGCAACGCCAUGUCUUGCAAUAUGCCGAGCUGAUCAAAGCCCUUCGAACGCCGGAGCAUACUGACCUUCGCAUUCGAAUGACAGAAGCCAUGCGCGAAACGACUUUCCAAGUGCGGCAAGCUUGCUCAAAGUCCAUAUCUAUCGUCGCCGAGUGCAUUCACACUGUCAAUACUCGUCGUUGGAUUCGUCAGCCCGCUCAACAGGUGUUCGAUGGGUUGAUUCAACAGUUGGAGGCGGCCGCGGCCACGUUGCAAUCUGCUCGCGGAGCUUGCGUUGUUAGCACCACCGAGGCCAUUCUGGACUGCCACUCAGACCUGUUUGAUCACCUCGGCCAGCUCAAGGUAACAGACACGCUCCAGCCACAGUCACUGCAGGCGAUGAUGGUGGCCAUGGUCAUGGAGGAGCGAAUCCUCAGCGUGGCUGAGGCCACCGAGGCAAUGCUAAAGCACGUCCUGCAGCUCACAACUAUGCAGAAUCGUCACCGCAUCUGGCUGCCGUCUCGUAUCCGUUACGCAAUCAGCUGGAUUCUCAAUGGAAACAGGACAGUCCCCGUCGCGGGCGUCUCUGAUGAUGGCGGUACAAACGAUCCAGACGCGGUCGAUGAACAGUCCAAAAAGGUCCGCGAGCGUCUCCGCCUCAUUCGAGGUUACGAAACCCCUACUCGCGCGGGUCCAGUUGCCAGAGCUAUUGUAGGAACAUUUCGCUGGCUCACCAACCCGGCCGGCAUGUAUGCGAUCCGAAUGGUGGUCGUAACACUUGCCACUGCCAUUCCAGCAUCUCUUCCUCAUUCGGCCGGCUUCUUUUAUCGCGAAAAGGGGUUGUGGGCAGUCAUCACCGCGCAGACAUGUGUCCUUCUCUACAUGGCUGACUUCACCUUUUCUCUCAUCUCCAGGGCUCUCGGCACAGUAAUUGGAGGCGUCUUUGGCCUCGUUGCGUGGUAUAUGGGAUCUGGGAGUGGCCCGGGCAACCCGUAUGGGCUGGCUGCUAGCGUGGCUCUUUUCACCGUCAUUUCCAUGUGGUUGAGGAUAUUCUUGCCGCUGGCCUAUACUCAGGCGACAGCCAUGUGUGGCGUCACCUUCAUACUCAUUAUUGGCUUCAGCUACGACAACCAGCACUUGCCGCAAUACGGAUCGCCAGGCAGGGGAUACCAGGCUUUCUGGAAACGAUUGGUCACGGUCUUGUUGGGGUUUCUAGCUGCGACCAUAGUACAGCUCUUCCCCAAGCCGCCAUCUGCCACCGUACAUGUGUGCAAAACUCUGUCGAAUACCGUUCGAACCCUGUCGGACUACUAUGCCUUGCUUCUGUCACAUUGGAGUCGGGCGAAUCAAGAUACUCACAUUGGUCCUGCUGCCAUAGAGGAUCUGACGCUGGAGGUUGCAGAAACUCUCUCAUCCUUGAACGGCUCAAUAGCCCUGCUCAAGGCCGACUUCAGCGCCGGGCCGUUUGACCAAGCGGUCCUACGCCAGACCCAGGAGCAAUGCCAAAACAUGAACCAAGCGCUCGGAAGACUCCUUUACUUGUCGACCACCCUUCCUAAAGAAUUCCAAGAGAGACUGGUCACCUCACUCGGCGUAUUGGAUGACGGCGCCAUUGGAAAUGUCAUGGCUGUGUUGGCAAUCGUUGAGCAAGCCCUGCGUACCGGGUCUCCUCUUCCCGAAAGGCUUCCCGUGCCUCUUGUGCGCACCUGCUUCGAAUCCCUAUCUUAUGCGCAGCAUCACAAGAUUGAGCUGAGCUCAUCGCUUGUUCGAGAUGAGAAUUAUCGACGCUAUUGCGUUGCUGUGUCGUCUUACCUUAAGUUUUUGUCCGCCAUUGAUGACUUGGUUCUGGCUCUGAAAGAAACGCUGGGAGAACGCCACGUGGUCUACGUAUGGGAGGGCGAUGUUUGA